AUGGUGUUCGUCGUCGGACUCAUGUUCCACGGAACGGCCCCGUUCGCCUCGCUCUUCGUCGCCCUGCACCACAACACCACCCUGCCGGAGCAUGCGGAAUCAACCUCGGAGCAGGCGGUCCAUCACGACGAUCGGUACUCGUAUGGGGCCAAGGAUUUCUCGUGCAUCUUCUUCUACACUCUCAUUUGCGUCAUCAUCCACGCCGUGAUCCAGGAGUACCUCCUGGACAAGGUGAACCGGAAGCUGCAUCUCUCGAAGAUCAACCACCGCAAGUUCAACGAGUCCGGGCAGCUCCUGAUCUUCUACGUCGUCUCGGCGCUGUGGGGCGGGAACAUCAUCAUGAAGGAGAAGCUGAUCCCCGGAAUCUCGCACCUGUGGGAGGGCUACCCCACGCAUCACGCUGCCAUGACCUUCACUUACAAAUUCUUCUUCGUGUCCCAGGUGGCCUAUUACCUCCACCAGUUCCCGGAGCUCUACUUCCAGAAGGUGAAGAGGGAAGAUCUGAUGAAUAAGAUCACGGUGUCGCUCGUCUCGCUGUUCCUCGUGGUGGGCGCUUACCUCCUCUGCUUCACGCGAGUUGCCCUCUGCCUCUUGGUGCCUCACUACGCCGUGGAGUGCGUGUUCCACGUCGCGAGGAUCUUGCACUUCGCGGAGCAGCACAAGGCGGCACGGUACGCGUUCGGGGCGUGGGACGUGCUGUUCGUCGCGAUCCGACUGCUCACGGUCGUGCUGUCGGUGCUCACGUUCUGGUACGGGUUGGCGCUGGCCCCGAACCAGGGGAUCGACAUCGUCCGAGGGAACUUCAACACCCCGCUGAUCCGCCUCAACACCCUCCUGGUCGUGUGCCUCCUCCAGGCGUGGCUCAUGUGGAACUUCUUCACGUUCCACCUGAAGCGGAUGCGGGAGCGAGCAGCCGUGCAAGCCGCAACCACCGCCAAGCGCCGCCAGACGGAGAAGAAGAGCAAGAAGGACCACGAGAACGGGAAGCGCACCUCCGACGACGACGUCUCCGAGCUCCCCGAGGCGGAUCAGUACUCGAAGAAGGAGCCGGCCCUGCGGCAGCGUCCCACCGCCCGGGUCAAGUGA